UCUUGAAGAAAAAUGUCAAAAGCACAAAAUAAAGGUUUUACAAAAGAGGAAGAACUUCUCCUUCAAGAUUUCAGCCGUAAUGUAUCGACAAAAUCCUCAGCUUUGUUUUAUGGAAAUGCCUUGAUUGUGUCUGCAGUUCCAAUAUGGUUAUUCUGGAGAAUACACAUGAUUGAUAUUUAUUCCUCCUUGAUUUUGUUCGCAGUUAUCACUGCUAUUUCUACGUAUUUAUUGGCUAUGGCGUACAGAAAUACAAAAUUCACAUUGAAGCACAAGAUUGCUGUGAAGAGGGAGGAAGCUGUUACCAGAGACUUAAGCAAAAAACUAGCAGAAGACAAGAAAAUGAGCAAGAAAGAAAAAGAUGAGAGGAUUUUAUGGAAGAAGAACGAAGUAGCUGACUUCGAGGCUACCACUUUCUCCAUAUUCUACAACAAUGCCCUAUUUUUAGCCAUUGUUAUUCUUGCUAGUUUCUAUUUGCUUCCAGCAUUCACACCAGCAGUCAACUACACUCUUUCCAUUGGCUCCACAGCUGCGUUAUUAGCCUUAUUGUCAACUGGAUCACACUAAAACUUGUUUAUUGAAUCUGUGUAUACACUGGUAUUGUUUUAUAGUACCAUUUUGUUCAAGUGUAAAUAAGAGGAUGAAAUUAACAUCAAAAACAUCAGAAUAUCCUUUAAGGUUUGAGUAAAGCUGUUGAAAAUAAAUGUAUAUAUUGUUUACUUUUUGGAAAACAUAUGAUUUAUUUUACAUGUUUUUAAAUUGAUUAUAUAUUAUGAAAACUAAAGAUUGUAAAAGACUAUUUUCUUUUUAUAUUAUAUUAUAUUUAUGAUUUUCUGUAUAAAUUGGACAUUAGGUUAUAUAAAACAAAAAAAGUAAAUAUUUCAUACUUUUCAUUACACCAUUAAUUCAGCUUUAUAUUCAUAUAAUUUAUAUUGUUUCAAUAAAAAAACUAUUUUUU